AAAAGUGUACUUUAAUAUCAUUAGGUUUUCAUGCGGACUAUAAGAUUAGGUGCAGCUACAUCUCUAUGACAAUAUAACGACAAAGAGCAAAAUCGCCAUCCAGAAGCGUUGUCCGCUUAUGUCACUAGGAGGAAACGUUACUUCAGCUGUCUUUCGAGAUCUAACCCAUGCUUAUCACAGAUCUGAGGUCAUUUUGGAAGUGUACAUAGAAACACCGUAACUUAUGUAACGUCAAAAAGAGUCUAAAACAGUCUGCACGUGUGCUGUAACUAUUGCAAGGACUGCAAGGGGUCACGUUAAAGCCAUACUCCAGUAAGACAUACAGCUUUAAUUCACAAUGCAUCCAGAUCUGUCUCCACAUCUUCAUACUGAUGAGUGCAAUGAACUUAUAACACUUCUCAAGCAAUGCCACAAAGAGCACAAUGUUCUGAAAUUCUUUGGAACGUGUAAUGAUGUGGACCGUGCUAUGCGCAAUUGUCUCAAGAAAGAGUACCACGUGAAGAGGGAGCACAGCAAGGCUCACGCAGCAGAAAUGAGUCAGCGUCUAAAGGAAAAUCCAAGGGGGGAUUCCUAAGACCAGGCUUCUUUGGAUCGUAAAACUACCCCACACAAAAAUGUUUUGUGCCAUACACUUUGAAUCUGGAUGAUACUGAACUCUUCUGGGUGGAUAUGUAUUUAUUAUUAUAGAUGUUGGCAACAGAGAGUUAUUUAAGAUACUUAAGUGAUGAGUGGCUUAAUUUGUGCAUUUACAACUCCUGUAUAAUUGAUCAGAAUCAGAAACAAUGUAACAAAAGCAUACUGCUAAAAGUACAACUUUAAUAAAUUACAAUUACUUUGAUGUAA